GAUGGCAGAAACAGCCAAGGCAGUGUUGUGUGUGACUUUUUCCAUAUAUGGUUGAGAACCUCCAUCUGGGGUCUAAGCCUGUCCCUGUCUUUGACAUUUAGAACAAUGGUUUGGGUUGAAGAUCUCUGUUCCUUUUUCCUUUCCUCUCCAUCUUAACCCCUGCUCCCAAUAAUAAUAUAGACUCGACUGAUGAUUUUUAAUGUAAUUUCCCUACAUAAAUAUACCAAAUUUUCCUCUGUUAACGGGGUUCCCACAUUACCUGGUUCCUCACGUUGCUGAAUUAGAAACAAAGUUCCAUUUGGAAACUUGAAGCCAGAAAAUAAUGGCUUCCUUUGGAUGGAAGAGGAAAAUUGGCGAGAAGGUCUCAAAGGUGACUUCCCAGCAGUUUGAAGCUGAAGCUGCUGAUGAGAAGGAUGUAAUGGAGAAUGAAGAAGGGAACUGGCUUCAUGGCAUUAAACGAAGGAAGGAAAUGCUUUCUGAGGGCUCUGCUGAGAAGAGUAAGCAGCUGAAGGAUGAAGGAGCCAGUUUGGCUGAAAAUAAAAGAUAUCGAGAGGCAAUUCAAAAAUGGGAUGAAGCACUGCAGUUAACCCCAGAUGAUGCCACCCUGUAUGAGAUGAAAUCACAGGUCCUAAUUUCUCUUCAUGAAAUGUUCCCAGCAGUACAUGCAGCUGAAAUGGCUGUCCAGAGAAAUCCACAUUCAUGGGAGUCUUGGCAAACUUUGGGACGUGCUCAGCUUGGAUUAGGAGAGAUAGUCCUGGCAAUUCGAAGUUUUCAGGUCGCCCUUCACAUCUAUCCAAUGAACCCUGAAAUAUGGAAAGAAGACCUUUCUUGGGCAAGAACGCUCCAGGAGCAGCAGAAGGUUGCACAGAAGAUUAAAAAGUGUGAUGCAUCAGCGGAAGUAACCCAUUUCUCACCAAAGUCAAUUCCUGACUAUGACUUUGAAAGUGAUGAGAUUGUUGCUGUUUGUGCGGCGAUUGCUGAGAAACAGAAGACGGUUCCAGCAAAUAAAACAAUGGUUAUUGUGUCGGCUUCUGGGACUGUGGAGACAGUCACUGAGAAGGAAGACGGGGCUACACCACCAGAUGGCUCUGUUUUUAUCAAAGCCCGAUGAAGUAGCGGGAAUCCUUUGAAUCUUUUUGAUUGCCACUUAAAAUUUUAGGUGUAGGGACAUUAGCUGCGGAGGAACAGAGCAAAACUCCUGUUUGUAAAGUGAGUUUUGCAGAUGAGGCAUAUAAAAACCAAAUGGUAGAAUUACGGUAUAGUGUUUGGACUACGCUUUGUUAAGUUAUGAUUUAAAAUUUCUUAAGAUUAGAAUUCUGAGUACAGUGGCUUUUGAUUCAUAAACUUAAUUUAAUCCCAAAAUAUAAAUGAGUGCAUUUUAAGACACAACUUGAAAAGUGAAUUCUUUAAUAGUGAAUCACUUGAUGGCCAGUGUCAUAGAAAUGCUGACUUGUUGACUUUUCUUCCAUGAUAAAGGAAGUCAGAGAUUUCUUUUCCUCCUUUUAGAAAUAUACUGCUCUUGCUAUUCACUCUUCUGUUUUUCUGGUCGCAUUAGAGUAACAGCUUUGUCUGUCACAAAGCUCGAAUAUUUUUGACAUUCAGUUUGAUUCAAAGUUGUCAUUUGGUUAUAUGUGGAAUCUUUGAAAGUUUGUCUGAAAAUGCAUGCAAAUAUCUACAUUCUAAACAUUUUCCGAAGUUUCUCUUAAUUCUGAUUUGAGCUUUUAUUUUGACUUUAAGAUUAUUAUGACAAUAGUAGUUGCCUCCUUCAGUAUUAGAUAUGUGAAAUACUGAUACAUGUCAGAAUGAUGGUUUUAUUUUUUUAGUUGUUGAAGUGGAUAGUGUUCGUUUCCACAGGUGGGUCUUAUUUCAGAUGUGCAUUUUUUAAAAAAUGAAUGGUUUUUAUAGAUGUGUAAUAACAAAUUGUCCCACUGCAUUGUCCCAGUCAAAAGCAGUAUUUUCUUCUUCUUUUUAAAAGCUUAAAAAUUCGGAAAAUAAUUUAUCUUUUGCUUAUAACUUUCCAGCUGAUGGUUUGGAAGUCCUUUUCUAGAUAACUUUUUUGGAACUACUCAAUUAAAUUACAAUUACAAUUUUAAAUAACAGACUAUGUCUUUCUAAAAAUAAAAAAGUAAGGCUGUUAAUGAGUGCCAGUGAAUGAAUAAUUCAGGCACAACAUACAUAGAAACUGAAACAUGACUGUGGUACAAUACAUGAGUAGAGAAGGCUAUAUUUAAAGAAAUAUUUCAUUGAAAGGCCACAGUCAUAUUCACAAAUCAAAACCGUCAUUGUUAAUGUGAAUUAUUAUUUUUACACUACAUAUAUUGUAGUGCAAUUAUAUAGACUACUGGGUACUGUUGCUUCUGACACUCAGGAAGGUAUUAUUACUAUAAAAUUAAUUUUAUCCUUGUUAGAAAUGAAAGUGAGCUAUUUUGUUUUAAAGAAUCUUACCUUACCCUGUUGCAGCAUGUGUGUAAUGGUCAUUUUUCUGAGGUGAUUUUUUUUUUCCUUUUUAAAUUUUUAUUUAAAUUCUAAUUAGUUGACAUACAGUGUGUUAUUGGUUUCAGGAGUAGAAUUCAGUGAUUCAUCACUUCCAUACAACACCCAGUGCUCAUCAUAACAAGUGCCCUCCUUAAUGCCCAUCACCCAUCUAGCCCAUCUCCUACCCUCUGAGAUGAUUUAAAAAGUUUUUCCUUUAGUGGAAUGCUUACCUCUUUUUUUUUCAGAGUAUUGUAUUUUUUCCCCAAAGUUACAUUGCAAAGUCAGCUCUGGUUAGAGAGGUUAGUUUUAGAAUAAUCCAAAGAACAAAUACUAAUCACAUUUUAUUUCAUUUAAUAAAAGAUAUUCUCCCAGGGUAGAUACUUGGGCAUCUACAGAAGUGAGCAUUCACCCUUUGGUAUGUUGUUUUGAGUAUUGGGCUUUUGUUUAUCAUGUAAUUUGUAAAUAAAUAGUUUUUUCCUUCAUUUUAAAGAUUUGCCUCUUUGUGUUAUUAGCUUUUGAAAAAUUAAGUUGAUUUGUUUAAUUUCUUUGUUAUGUGGGAAUAAAAUACGUAAAACACCUUGGAUGGUGUCUUGCAUAGGAUGUCCACAGUAAAUGUUAGCAGUUUCUGUGAAGAACUUGACUUAGUUUAGAGAUAUUUAACCUGUUUCUUCUGAGUUUAAGAAAGUAGGAGUAUUUUUGUAAUCUUUAUCUGAAAGUGAAGAGUCACUACUUUUGAUAUUUUAGAACAGAUGGUUAUCAGUUGGGGUUAUUCUUGUCAUAACGUCAGCCCUAAAAGAGGCAAGACCCAGGAUGGAGGGCAUGUAGCUACGAUUCUGUUAAAGAACCUAGUGCUUUUCCUGUAUUCAUAUCAGUGGGACAGAUUUGUCUUGUUCUUACUCAGAUAUAAGACAUAAAUUGGAAGACAUAAAAUGGAGGGAAAAGGAAUAAUGAAUUAUGAAGAAUGAAGGCAGCUCAUUUACUCAUGCCCCAGAACAUGCUCACCUAACACUCUUCUGUGCAUGAAGACGUGAAUGCACAUAUCAUUUUAUAAGAUGUGAAUACUUAUACAUAGACAUUUGCUAAGCUUGUUAACUGCAAUAGCAAAUACUUCUAAAUCUGAAAGAAAAAUAGUUGAUGUUUAUAAUAAUGAUGCAAUUAAAGAUGUUUAAUAUAUUCUCUGAAAUAACAUUAUAUACUAUAUUGAAUAUAAUUUGUAUUAUUCUUAUUUGAAAAUUGUAUGGGGUAGACACUCGGUAGUCCGAACACCACAGAUCAGAUCAUGCCUGAUAAUUUGAGAAUGCGUAUAUUAUUCUCUAGACAACAGGUUUUUAGAUUAUAACGUAUUUAUCUUAAAUAUGCUAACAAAUGCUACACAAACAUUGAAAAACACGCAAGUCGUGAACCCAGAAUCACUGCAGUUGGGGCCUUUUAUAGGUACACACUUUCAUAGUAGUAGUCUUAGUGUAAAGAGGUUUUAAAUUGAUGUUAUAUGACAAAACUGUAGUGAAGAUUUAAGUAAAGUUUUGUCUGAGAAAGCUAGAGUUCCUAUGAUUAUAACAGACCACUAUAGCCUCUUGAGUUUGAAAAUUAUGCUUUAUGUAAUGAUGUCAAAAGUUUGUUUUACUGCCUUUCCCAGCAGUAAGAAAAUUCUUUUUUUUUUUUUUUUUUUUCCAGACUUUGUGAGUCAGUAGCCUUUCUAAAUUGACUCUGGACCAGCCAUCCUGGAGCUUUGAUUUCAUGACAUACAUGUAUCUACAUGAGUUGUGAGUUGACACAGGAACCAUAGUUCCAUAACUAUCUUUGAAUUAAUUAGUAUACUCAAUGGAUUUUUUUUCUGAGAGACUUAUAUUAAGCCAAUGGUGUGAAAUUGAUGACAUUUUAGGGUUGAGAAAGUAAGGUUUUCUUUUUUUUUUUAAUCAAUAAUAAAGUACAGAAAUUUGUGAGUGAUUGACUCAUUACCAAAGUAAAUUAAAAUGAAAUAUGUCACAUUAGUCACUUGCAAUUAAAUAUGCUUUCUGGAAGGGGUAGUCCUGUGGCUGGUAUGCCAUGAAUUGUGCCUUAACGCAUUGUUAUAUGUGAACUUGGUGUGUGUGCCACGGUGGAAGACAGGUUGAAAAAUGUUGAUCUACAUCUUGUUGAGAUGGCAGAGGGUAGAGGUGGCCUCCUCUGGAGGUGCUUCCUUACACAUCCAUUAAGCAAGGACUCCUGAUCGCUCCCUUCUCAGAUCACCCCAACUCCUUGCAAAAGGGAGUUCAGGAUAAAGAACUGGACAUGCAAACCUUUCUGGGGAUUUGUAAUGCUUGCAGAGAGCCUGUGUUUUAUUCUCUUGACAGACAUGGCAUAAGCUUUGCAGUGAAAGGCUCUGUGACUCUGCAGGGGGAGCCCUGGAGUUGUGCAGGACCGCCCAUUCCUUGGUGAGCAGGUCUGUCUUAUUCUGGGUUAGAUAUUAGGUGGCUAUUAUUGGUGCAAACCUAAAUCUGAUACACUGAAUCUCCAUUGCCUGGCUUGGCCUCUCAAGUGGCUCAGAAGCCAGGAGGGGGACGGGGAAUAUUAUUUCAUGAUUCCCUCAAACCUCAACAAAAAUUAGUGAAAAUUGUAUUUCAAAGUAAGUGUAAGAUAAACACCAAAUUGGGAUUUUUUUUUUCUAAUUUUACCCAUUUUUCAAGUCAUGGAAAUUCUGUUGGAAAUGGAUAAUGUCAGUCACAAGACAAUAUGUAAACAUUUGUUCAGGAUGUCCAAAGACCUAUCCCCUGGGAAUUGUGAAAGACCACAGUAUUGACUUUAGAUUUACUUGGAGAAAAUGUAAAACAAAUCAUAUUUUGUGCCCACCCUGUUAACUUUCUUAGAGUAUAGUUUAUGUAUAGUAAAUGUACCCUAUAUUGUAAGUUUACAGUUUGAGGAGUUUUAACAAAUGUGAGCAACCACACAAUCACCAUUACCAUCAAGAUGUAGAAUAUUUCCAUCACCCAAAAGUUCUCUAAUGCCCAUUUGCGGUGAAUUCUCCUCCACCCCAACAACCAGGACUGUUCAACCACUGAUUCCUUUCUGGGACUAUAAAUUAUAUUUGACUCUUCUAGCAUUUCAAAUCAUACAGUAUUUACUCUAUGUCUGACGCUUUUGCUCAGCAUAAUACUUUUGAAAUCCAGUUAUGUCGAGAUUAAUCUGUGCUAUUAUGUGUAUCAGCAAUGGGUUUUGUUUUUAUUGCUGAGUAUUAUUCUGCUAUAUGGUUAAACCACAGUUUAUAGCUAUUCAUGUAUGUUGAUGGGCAUCUAGGUUGUUGAUGAACAUCUAAGUUUUGAUCUCUUACGAAUAAAGCUUCUCUGUACAUAUGUCGCA